AUGCAUUUUCUCGCGAAACUCGCCAUUCCAUGGUUUUCACACACAGCAUCUCUCAUCCACGUUCUCGCUCUAAGCACAUCUUUAUCUUCUCAAACCUCAACAACAACCUCUCCAACCGCCCAAGAAUGCUCACCAGGUCCUGAUCCCCCAGUUUCCCCACCCCUGAACAAUAGUCUCGCUCUCACCCCUCCCAUGGGCUGGAGCUCCUGGAAUCAAUUCGGUGAUUUGAUUGACGAAAACCUCAUCAAGUCAACCAUUGAUGCCAUGAUCUCCAACGGUCUAAAGGAUGCUGGAUUUAUCUAUGUGAAUUUAGAUGAUGGCUGGCAGCGAUACAAGGGACCUAGAUCUGCCCAUCCUCUCGAAGCCGACCCCGCCAAAUUUCCAAAUGGAAUUAAAGCUGUAGCCGACUAUGCGCAUGAACGAGGAUUUAAAUUAGGUAUCUAUUCCGGUCCGGGUGAUGAGACUUGUGCUGGGUAUACAGGGAGUCUUGGACAUGAGGAAGAAGAUGCAGAUAUGUUUGCUAGUUGGGGGAUUGACCAUUUGAAAUAUGAUAGUUGUUGUUCCCAUGGAGAUGCUCCCAAAUCCGUGGUCCAAGAAAUUGUAUUGAAAAUGUCCAAAGCACUUUUGGCAACUGAUCGCCCAAUCGUCUACCACGCAUGUCAUUGCGGUUGGGCCGAUAUCUGGGAAUGGGCCGCCGAUGAAGGAGCAAAUCAAUGGCGCAUUGGUCAAGAUAUUUCUGAUGAGUUCAACUAUCCCGGAAAUCGGGAAAAGUACUAUUUCGACGUGUUAGAUAUGAUUGAUCGAGGGAAUGACUUGGUGCAAUAUUCGGGUCCAGGCCAUUGGAAUGAUUAUGAUAUGUUAAUCAUUGGACUCAAUGGGAAUUCAACUCAACUUGUAGGAACAGGGGCGUCGAAUAUUGAGUAUCGGACGCAUUUCAGUAUGUGGGCGAUGGUAGCUUCUCCUCUACUCAUUGGAUCCGACGUGAGGACUUUGGACACUUAUGAACUUCAAACUCUCACCAAUCAAGAGGUUAUUGAGAUAAAUCAAGAUCCGCUUGGAAUAUCAGCCCAAACAGUGGGUGUAGGCUACGAAGCUGAUGGAGAUCUUCAAGUUUAUGCUAAAGAAUUGGCGGAUGGGAGUUACGCUAUCGCAUUACUCAAUCGUGGAACUUUCACGGCGGAAAUGAGUUUUAGUCCUCGUCGGGAUAUUCUUAUGACUUGGGAUCAUUAUCGAAUUCGCGAUCUGUGGAAACAUAAAGAGGGCCUUUAUGAUGUUCCGUAUACUGUGGAGGUAAUGCCUCAUGAAGCUAAGAUUUUUAGAGUCUGGGAGGUGCAGAAAAAUGCUUCUAUGUGCUUUUUCCAGUAA